CUAUUGACUGUAUGUCUUUCCAAUGUAAUGAUCUGACAAUAUGGCCGAGGCAUUAGCAGCGGCUUUCACGGAUAACAUCUUGACAUGUAGUAUCUGUCUGGAAGAGUAUGAGGACCCCCGGAUGCUGUCAUGCUACCAUACAUUCUGCCUUGUUUGUAUAUCUGACCACGCAAAGAGAACUAUCACUAGGAACAGGACAUUUCAGUGCCCUGUUUGCCGAGAAGAUGUCCAGUUUCCAGCAGGUGGACUUUCUAAAUUCAAAAAGAAUUUUGCCUUUUGCAAGGCCAAAGACAUAAUAAACCAGCAACAAACAGAAAGAGGGGCACCAGAAAAUGUACAGACUAAUGUGGAAGCAGCGACACAGGUCGUUGCAAAGUUCACCAACGGUUGUGAGAAACAUCCUGGUAACGAACUGAAAUACUACUGUGAAGAAGAUGAUACCGUUGUUUGUGGUGACUGUGCAUUAACAGAUCAUUACAGGCAUGGUAUUUUACCUGUAGAAAAAGCUGAAAAAAGCAACAGUGAAAAUAUCAAAACUGCUCUCGUUAAAACAAAAGUAAACGUAUUCAAAGAGGCAGUCGUCAAGGAAGCAACCAUAGAGUUUGAGGGGUAUCGUGAGGCAUCUGCUGCUGGACUGGAAGCCAUGUUAGGACAGGUGACAGUACUGUCAAAACCUACAUUAUCUGGGCAGGUGACAAAUCCAAUGUCAGAAACAAAUCUUCCCGUUUUCUUAAAGAAGGCAGAAUGUGUGCAUUCCUUCACGGCUAAACUGAAACAUGAUAAGGGAAAUUUUAUUAUAUGUGGGUUAGCCAUAGAUGAGCAAUUUAUAUAUGUUACACUUUUAAUAAAUGACAAAACAAAAGUACGGGUAUUCACUCAUGCAGGUCUGUUCAUGUUUGAUAUAAAGUUAAACACGCCAUUUCAUGUGGCUGUGUCACAGACUGGUAAACUGUAUAUAACAUCAAUAGGUGACAAAUGUGUCAAAGUGUACUCCACCACAGGUAAACAGGUGACGACCAUGGGUCAGAGUCAACUGGAGGAGCCAACUGGCAUCACACUGAACAGACAUGGCUAUGUGAUGGUUUGUGACGCAGAAAAGAAAUCCAUCUUCACAUUCCGUGCAGACACUGGACAGCUCCUGAACACAAUUCCACUCACUGCGUGCGAAUGCCCCACUUUCAUCACAGUGAACGGUGCCAAUGAUAACAUUGUGAUAUCAGACGUUGACACAUAUUGUGUACACGUGCUGUCACCUACUGGUGAUCAGCUGUACCAGUAUGGCACAAAAGGCAGUGGUGAUGGUCAGCUGGAUAAACCAUGUGGAGUGUGCGUGGAUAGAUAUGGCCACAUCUUCAUUGCCGAUUGUUAUAACAACAGGGUUGUAGGACUGAGUCCACAAGGGCAGUUCAUCAAACACAUUGCAACUGAGGACGAUGGGUUGGAAUAUCCCAUAGGAUUAUCUAUCAACCCUGCUGGCCUGCUGGUGGUGGCAGAGGGAGAGGGCAAAGUUAAGACACUCCAGUACUUACAAUAGAUACUGUACUAAGUAUAC